AUGGAAUACUUAAAAUACGAGCUUGAACAAUUAUCGGAAUUGGCCACAGGAGAGCUCAAUGCUACCAACAUAAAGCAUCUCGAUGUUCCUUCUGACUUUGACGACUGGUGCAGUGGUCUGAUUACUUAUUUGGAUGACCAAGAUUUGGACACACUCCGCGACUUUUUCCAGGAAACGUCUAGCGAUUACGAUGAACUGGUAGAAAACGACUAUGUUCUUGAUACAGUGCCGAAAUUUUUGCAGGUAUACGUGGCCGACACUGUGUCACAUCCUGAAAUUCGUCGUACUGCACUUCAGGCUGCUAAAAGCUUUACAGACCCUGCAAGGUUUUUCAGAUCUAUUGAGAAAAGCUGCGUGAAUAGCGCCGAGAAACUCGAUUGA